AUGGCAUCUGUCAAAUUCCCCUAUUCCAAGGCGCAGCUGCGCACGAUAAAGGAGAUUCAGUUUGGUCUUCUCUCCCCUGAGGAGAUCAAGCGGAUGAGUGUGGUCCAUGUGGAGUAUCCAGAGACUAUGGACGAGCAACGGCAACGCCCCCGUGAGAAAGGUCUGAAUGAUCCACGUCUCGGUACCAUUGACCGUAAUUGGCGCUGUGCCACUUGUGAAGAAGGAAUAAAUGACUGCCCUGGGCAUUUUGGUCAUAUCGAGCUUUCCACACCUGUUUUCCAUAUUGGUUUCCUGACUAAGAUCAAGAAACUGUUGGAAACUGUUUGCCAUAACUGUGGAAAGAUCAAGGCCAAUACGAACGACCAGAAGUAUUUGGAAGCGCUCCGUUUCCGCGAUCCGAAGAGACGCUUUGAUGCGAUCUGGAGACUAUCUAAAGACGUCCUAAUCUGCGAAGCUGAUCCUACCCCAGAUGAUGACGACCCUUUCUCGAAAGAAGCUUCGAAGCCUGUGCGCUCCCACGGUGGUUGCGGAAAUAUGCAGCCACAAAUCCGAAAAGAGGGUAUUAGUUUGGUUGGAACUUGGAAGCCUAACAAGAAUCGCGAUAUGAUGGACGACAUGGAUAUCCAACAGCCCGAGAAGCGACAAAUUACGCCACAGAUGGCGUUGAAUAUAUUCAGGAAUAUUUCUGAAGAGGAUGUUCGUUUGAUGGGAUUGAGCAACGAUUAUGCGAGACCUGAAUGGAUGAUCAUCACCGUUCUCCCAGUCCCUCCUCCACCAGUCCGUCCUAGUGUUCUCGUAGGUGGAAGUGGAAGCGGUCAGCGCGGAGAGGAUGAUUUGACAUAUAAACUGGCUGAGAUCGUACGUGCGAAUCAGAAUGUUACCAGAUGCGAACAGGAAGGCUCUCCUGAGCACGUGGUGCGAGAAUUUGAGUCCCUGCUGCAGUACCAUGUCGCCACGUAUAUGGACAAUGAUAUUGCCGGACAGCCACAAGCAAUGCAAAAGUCAAAUCGACCUGUCAAGGCCAUACGCGGCCGUCUGAAGGGGAAGGAAGGUCGUCUGCGUCAGAACUUGAUGGGAAAACGUGUUGAUUUUUCGGCUCGUACUGUUAUUACGGGUGAUCCGAAUCUGUCCUUGGACGAAGUCGGAGUUCCUAUCAGCAUUGCGCAGACUUUGACCUACCCCGAGGUCGUCACUCCUUUCAACAUUGCUAAAUUAGGGGAGCUUGUUGACAAUGGCCCGGAUAUUCAUCCAGGAGCCCGUUACGUUAUUCGCAGCACCGGUGAGCGCAUUGACUUGCGCCAUCACAAAGGUGGAGGAGGAAGAAACUUCUUACAGUAUGGAUGGAGAGUGGAGCGCCACAUCGUAGACGGGGAUGUGAUCCUUUUCAAUCGGCAACCGUCUUUGCACAAAGAAUCUAUGAUGGCUCACCGCGUCCGCGUAAUGCCUUACUCGACAUUCCGCCUGAACUUGUCCGUCACUACCCCUUACAACGCCGAUUUCGAUGGUGACGAAAUGAACUUGCACGUUCCGCAAAGCGAAGAAGCUCGUGCUGAGCUCAGUCAACUGUGCAUGGUGCCUUUACAAAUAGUAUCCCCCCAACGUAAUGGUCCGUUGAUGGGCAUUGUACAGGAUACCCUUUGUGGAAUCUACAAGAUUUGUCGACGUGACGUUUUCCUUUCAAAGGAGCAGGUAAUGAACAUUUUGCUUUGGGUCCCAGACUGGGAUGGUGUAAUUCCUCAACCAGCUAUUUUGAAACCCAGACCAAGAUGGACUGGGAAACAGCUUAUUAGCAUGGUUCUUCCCCCUGGUCUAAAUCUUCUUCGAGUUGAUCGUGAUCGGGCUCCCCGUUCGGAGAAAUUCUCACCACCUGCUGAUGGUGGAGUGUUGGUACACGGAGGCGAGCUUAUGUACGGAAUGUUUUCCAAGAAAACGGUUGGAGCAACUGGUGGGGGUAUCAUCCAUACUAUUUUCAAUGAGUAUGGCCCCGAAACGGCGAUGAACUUCUUUAAUGGCGCUCAAACUGUCGUCAACUACUGGCUACUUCACCAUGGCUUCAGUAUUGGAAUUGGUGACACGAUUCCUGAUCUUCCUACGAUCCAAAAAAUUGAAAACGCAGUUCGUGUGAGAAAGGAGGAAGUUGAUGAGAUCACAGCCAGCGCAACGGAUAAUACUCUCGAGCCCCUUCCAGGUAUGAAUGUCCGUGAGACAUUCGAGAGUAAGGUGUCCCGCGCUCUGAACAAUGCCCGUGAUGAGGCUGGAACGGAGACAGAAAAGAGCUUCAAGGACUUGAACAACGCUGUCCAAAUGGCGCGUUCUGGUUCAAAAGGUUCGAUUAUCAAUAUUUCUCAAAUGACUGCUGUUGUUGGCCAGCAAUCCGUCGAAGGAAAACGUAUUCCGUUCGGUUUCAAGUACCGUACCUUGCCGCAUUUCACGAAGGACGAUUAUUCGCCAGAAUCUCGAGGAUUUGUUGAGAACUCGUAUCUCCGAGGCCUCACUCCCACCGAGUUCUUUUUCCAUGCCAUGGCUGGUCGUGAGGGUCUCAUUGAUACUGCUGUUAAAACAGCUGAAACUGGGUACAUCCAGCGGAAGCUUGUUAAGGCUCUUGAGGAGGUCAUGGUUAAAUAUGACGGUACCGUUCGUAACUCACUCGGUGAUGUGGUUCAGUUUCUGUACGGAGAGGAUGGUCUAGAUGGAGCGCAUAUUGAGAAUCAGCGCGUCGAUAUUAUUAAAUGCUCAGACGAAAAGUUCCGUGAGAGAUUCCGAGUUGAUCUGAUGGAUCCUGAAAGAACUCUCUCACCGAAUGUGUUAGAGCAAGCCACUGAAAUUGCUGGCGAUAUCGAAGUCCAGACGUACCUUGAUGAGGAAUGGGAACAACUUUUGAAGGACCGAGCUUUCAUGCGAGCCGCGGCCAAGGAAGAUGACGAGAUGAUGCAAUUGCCAAUUAAUGUGCAGCGAAUUCUUGAGUCCGCUAAAACGAUAUUUAGAAUUCGUGAAGGCGCAAUUAGUGAUUUGCAUCCGGCGGAGGUCAUUCCUCAAGUUAGAGCACUGCUGGAUCGCCUUGUCGUUGUCCGUGGUGACGAUGUAAUCUCUCGUGAAGCUCAAGAAAGCGCUACUUUACUGUUUAAGGCUCAGCUCCGCUCCCGCCUUGCAUUCCGGAGACUUGUCACGGAAUACUCGCUUAACAAACUCGCCUUCCAACACGUAUUAGGAGCCAUCGAAAAUCGAUUCUCCAGAGCUAUGGCAAAUCCAGGUGAAAUGGUGGGCGUUUUGGCGGCACAGUCAAUUGGAGAGCCGGCAACGCAGAUGACCUUGAAUACCUUCCAUUUUGCUGGUGUGUCGUCCAAGAACGUUACCCUCGGUGUACCGCGUCUCAAGGAAAUUCUCAAUGUGGCUACGCAUAUCAAGACUCCCUCCAUGACAGUCUAUCAAGAUUCUAGUCGCGCAAUGGACAAGGAAUCUGCCAAGCAAUUACGUAGUGUUGUUGAACAUACAAGCUUGAGAUCUGUUACUGAAGCAACGGAGAUCUACUACGACCCUGACAUUCAAUCUACUGUGAUUGAAGCGGAUCGUGACAUGGUUGAAUCGUAUUUCAUUAUCCCUGAAGAUGUCGCAGAUGAUUCAAGCCGUCAAUCCAAAUGGCUACUCAGAAUUAUUCUGAGCCGACCGAAGCUUCUCGAUAAAAAUCUUACUGUCCAAGACGUCGCAAUGAGGAUAAAAGACGCAUAUCCUCAAGACAUUGCAGUUAUCUUCAGUGAUAAUAAUGCUGAUGAGCAGGUUAUUCGUAUCCGUCAAAUCCAGGACACAAAGCAAGAUGACGAUGAUGAUACCGAGUAUGAUGUGACUCUGAAGAAGUUGGAAGGCCAUUUGCUUGAUACGCUUACUCUACGAGGUGUGGCGGGUAUUGAACGUGCAUUCAUUAACGAGAAAUCUCGAGUUCGCGUCUUAGAAGAUGGAUCUCUGCAUCAAAGCAGUGAAGACCCCCUGUGUAAAGAGUGGGUUCUCGAAACCAGCGGGUCAGCGCUUGGCGAAGUCUUGACUAUCCCUGGAGUGGAUACAACUCGCACAUAUUCCAAUCAGUUCGUUGAGAUUCUUGAAGUAUUUGGUAUCGAAGCUACUCGAACCGCCCUAUUGCGAGAGUUGACGCAGGUGCUCGCCUUCGAUGGUUCAUAUGUCAAUCACCGUCAUUUGGCCCUCCUUGUCGAUGUCAUGACUUCGAGAGGUUUCCUUAUGGCCGUCACUAGGCAUGGUAUCAAUCGUGCUGAUACUGGCGCUUUGAUGAGAUGUUCUUUCGAGGAAACAGUGGAAAUUCUACUUGAUGCCGCUGCAUUUGCUGAGUUGGAUGACUGUCGUGGUGUAUCUGAGAAUCUGAUUUUGGGCCAAAUGGCCCCAGCUGGUACCGGAGAGUUUGAUGUUUACCUGGAUCAGAAUAUGCUCAUGGGAGUUGUUUCCAGCAACGCAGGGCUGAUGACCGCGGAUGGCAAAGGUCUUCUCGGAGAUGGAGCUGCAACACCUUACGAUAGCAACUCCCCACUACAGGACAACAUGUAUAUCGGCACACCAGACCCUGACUCCGCUUUCUCUCCCAUCAGACAAGCUGGAUCGGAGACACCUGCAGGAUUCACCGAAUAUCAAGCCCCUGGAUUUAGCGGUGGCUUCAGUCCUCACGGCGCGAGAAGUCCCGGUGGAGGCUACUCUCCUAGCAGUCCAUUCAAUACCAGUCCAACUUCUCCUCGCUACUCGCCCUCAUCUGGAUACUCCCCAACUUCUCCUGGCAUGAGCAUCACGAGCCCCAGAUUCAUGUCCUCCCCUGGAUUUUCGCCGGCAAGUCCCGUUUUUGCACCCACGUCACCAGCCUACUCCCCAACUUCUCCUGGCUAUCAGCAAUCGCCAACUUCGCCAUCAUAUUCUCCUACAUCUCCUGGUUUUUCUCCUACGUCACCAAAUUACAGUCCAACAUCACCAAGUUUCAGUCCUGCCUCGCCUGCAUUCAGUCCUACUUCUCCCAGCUACAGUCCUACAAGCCCUGCGCUUGGAGGAUCGACUGGAAGACAUUUAUCUCCUACUUCUCCCACCUCGCCCAAAUAUACCCCCACUUCUCCUGGUUGGUCCCCAACCAGCCCAGAAACCUACUCACCCACUUCUCCGAACUUCUCAGGCUCGCCAACUUCACCUGGUGGACCAACUUCUCCUGGUUACAGCCCGACUUCCCCAACCUUUAGUCCUACGUAA